AGUACAAAGCGGAAGUGGGAUAGAUGAAGUUUGUGUGACAGAAGGUUUAGUUUUACCACGCAUUUCAGCUGACAAGAUGGCACAGCAGCGAGGUAUAACACAGAGUAAAGAGUCACUUCUCAAGUCUUACAACAAGCGCCUGAAAGACGACGUCAAAUCUAUUCUGGACAACUUCACAGAGAUACUAAAGGCGGCCAAGGUAGAAGAACAGAACCAAGUGUCGACCCUGACACAGUCGGACCAGGCGCGAUACGAGAUGCAUGUCAGAGCUGCAAAUAUUGUCCGUGCUGGUGAGUCACUAAUGAAGCUUGUUUCGGACCUGAAGACAUUCCUCAUCCUUAAUGACUUCCCUUCUGUAAACGAAGGCAUCAACCAGAGAACUCAGCAACUCAAGGCCAUCCAGGCAGAGUGUGACACAAAACUGCUGGCACUGAGGGAUGACAUGGCAGCAGACUUGUACGACUUAGAGGAAGAAUACUACUCCUCGAGGCAUAAAUGACAUUCAAGACAUUAAUACUGGACUAUUUUGUACUGUAAAUACCUCUAGACUUAUCAACGUUCAAGGGAAAAGGAGGCAUCCAUGGACCAUGGUCACACAGUGCAUUGAGUGAGAAUCAUUUCCACCUUUUAGUGUACAAUACAUGGCAAUGCCCAUCUCUUUUUCUACACAUCAUGGAGCUUAGCUUUGCUAGUCCAAUGGUUUGUGUUCAACUCACACCAUGUAGUGGUGUAAGUGUUUAAUGGCAGUGAGAGUUUCAAGCAAAACCAAGAAGACAAAAAACACUGCGAAAUGUGUCAAGAUGUACGGUAUUUUGUAUUUCGCUUUCUAUGAAUCAAUUGUCUAAUUUAACUCAUAAGUGCUGGAUAUGAUAAUAUACUGGCAUCAUAAUGUCCAUUUAUUACAUUAUUACUAAGUGAGGUAAUAUCAACCAUGAAAAGAAAGAUAAUCCAAAGACACAGGCAUGGCUGAAAAGCAAAUUUUAUGCGCAUUGCACAAUGCAUUAGUUGCAACAAAAGCAUAACAGAGGCUAUCUAUAGGUUUUCACUGACAGGAGAUAUGUUAGAUUUGUCUUCAUUUAUUCCAUCAAUGAAAAACAUACUGAUACAUGUAUUGCCUUUUUCUCUAAGUCUAAGCUAGCCUAGUAAAUUUACAGCACUCUUAAUACAUGUUCGGUUCACAUGUAUAAAUCUUCAUGGCACAAUCUAGAGAUUCACAUGAGAGAAAUCGGAAUUCUUAUCUUCGUUUCACUAAAUCUCUCUAACUUACUACUUACUAAUAAUCUUCAUACUUAUAUGCCAGACCAUAUGUUAUCACUCCAUAACUACCACUUGCCGACCUUUUUCCAAUUAUGAUAAGCAUAUAUCUUUCUCCUUUUGGAGUAUAACAUUUUUUGGGAAAUGCAUUUUCAGAAUAAAUUGCACAACU